AUGGCCGCAGGCUCCAGCACCACGUUCGAUCUGGUCUUGGAAGGGGCAUGCGGCAUCGUCGAUUCUGCCCCUCUCCCCUUGGCUCUUGCCGCGACGUGGCGUCGCCAACCUCUGUCCGCCCAACGACGCGCACCACCAGCGUAUCCCCGUGCCCUUGCGACUUGCGCCACCUCAACAUUUUUGCCUUUCGUUUUUCCUCGCUCCGAGAGGCCCCCACCGCGUAAUACGCUCGAGUAUCCGGCCGUGACGGAAGAAGAAAUACGAGCUGCAGCAUCAUCAUCAUCGCAACCGCACCCUGUCGAUCCACGAUCCUUCAAUCUCGAGCUGAGGCUCACGCUCCACACGGCGCCUCCACCAGGCCGCAGGCGCUGUAACCCUGCGCUGCGACUUCGACAGGCAAUUCACGGUCGGUUCCGGCUCUCGAUUGUUCCCGUGUCCCUCAUCAACGCGUCGUGCGCCGCGACCAUUGGCGAGGACAAGUGGAACUGCACCUCAAAAAAAGGGCGCAUGAUCGUGAUCGUCCAGGCGUUCUAG